AUGGAACUGGAAUCUUUAAACUUCAACUUAUCAUAUGACGAUAGUUCACUUUUGAUAGAUAAUAAUGUGACCAAUACCAUGGUUACUUCUGAAAUUUUAGAUGAUAGUGAAUCGAGAGUGAUCCAUAACUCUUCUCAACAGCCUUUCUUUAUUAAACUUCCUUUUCCUCCAACAAUAGAUAUUAAUAGCUUAAUUAAACCGAAUAGUACUAAACCAAUAAAAUCUUAUGACGUUUAUCGUUAUGUUUAUACUGAAGAACUUCGUUCGCGAAAAAUUAAUUUCAAAAUAGCACGAGUAUCACGAGAUAUUUCUAAUUCUUGGAAAAAAGAACCUAAAAUUGUAAAAGCGGAAUAUAAAAGACAUGCAGAUAACGCAAAUAAUCAAUACUUGUUGAAAUAUCAAAAAAAGCAACAAUUACAAUUACCUAUAAAUCAAUCGUCUCCUGCUGAUGAUACAACAUCACUUUUAACUCAUUUAAAUAAUUCUUCGCCUUCCAGGUCAGCAAUAGACCAAGAGGAGUUAUAUAAUCCGUUAGAUACUUGUAAGAAUAAUUUGAUACCAUUUAACGAAAAUCCGAUCGAUAAACAGACUACGUCUAGAGGUCAGAGAACUAAUCGCACAGCGGCUUGCAUUCAUUGUAAAAAAAUGAAGGUAAGAUGUGAAUGUUCGGACAAUGGUCAAUGCAGACGAUGUGUUAAAUUUGGUUAUGAAUGUUUAUUUGAACAACAACAAAAGAGAGGACCUAAACCUGGUAAAAAAGGUAAAAAAGUUAAAUCGAAUACACCCUGGGAAGAUUUUCAAAAUUUAAGAAAUGAUUUUAUGCAAAAAGUUCGUAAAUUAGACAUUGAAGUAGAAAUCAUAGCUCGUUCAAGCACUUCAAGUACAUCAAAUGAUACAUUACAAAAUUCAUUACAAAGUUCGUUACAAAGUUCAUUACAAAGUUCAUUACAAUGUUCAGAAAUAGAUUUGCAACAUCUUGCAUAUUUGGGAUCAACACCACUCAUAGAAAGAUUGGACCAGACAUAUUCUCCGGAAUUCACGACUUACACAACAUUCCCUUCGAUCGACUAUGAAACAUCAAGUAACCAAUUAAUUCCGAUGCCUGGUAACUUUAAUUUAGAAGACAUUGCUUUAGAAAAUGAUGAGAAUUGA